CCAAAGACCCAUCACCCACUUUACCCCAGACCACUGGAGCAUCCACUCAAAUUAGUUUGGAGUCGGUAGAGAGAGAAAACAUAAUCAACAAACAACAAUGGCGAGAGCAGCAGUCUCAGCAUCCCUAAUAAAACUCUUCUCCCUCAAAUUAUCUUCUCAACCUCUCUCCUCCAUUCCUGCAACUACCAUCUCCUUCAGCACCUUCCACGCUCCUCCGAAAAAGAAGAAGCAGGAAAAGAGGAGAGAGAGUGAGAACAAGAAGACAACUUCUUCGUCUUCUUCUCCCGCCAUUGUUGUAGCUUCGGGUUCAGCUUCGUCGGAUUCGAAGUCGAAAUCCUCUGCUUUGAAAUUCGUGAAAAGGAGGACGAGGUCGGACAAGGAAUUCGACGAGGAUUACAUUAAGAAAUAUGGAGAUGAAGAGAGUCAUGUUCCUGUUAUGCUUGGUGAAGUUUUGGAUGUGUUUGAUUCUUCAUCGUCUUCGUUUCAGCUUCGUUCUUUCGUCGAUUGUACCCUAGGUGCCGCUGGUCAUUCUUGCGCUAUAAUUCAAGCUCAUCCCGAACUGCAAAAAUAUGUUGGAUUAGAUGUUGAUCCAGUAGCCCAUGAAAAGGCUAAAUCUCGAAUCAAUAAUCUGCUGAACAGCAAGUCUGCCUGUUCAAAUAUCGAUUUGAAAGCUCAUAUGCUUUUGAGGAACUUCAGAGAAAUCAAGCAAGCAAUUGGCCAGGUUGAGGAAAAUCUUUUACUGUCUGGAGUUGAUGGGAUUUUGAUGGACUUGGGAAUGUCUUCCAUGCAGGUUGAUGAUCCUAGAAGAGGAUUUAGCAUGCUUAACAAUGGGCCACUAGAUAUGCGAAUGGAUCCUAAGGGUAUUUUAAAAGCAGAGGAUAUACUGAAUUCUUGGCCACCAACUGAAGUUGGGAGAAUCCUUCAGGAAUAUGGAGAAGAAAGUAACUGGUAUUCUCUCCAGAACAAGAUUGUUAAGGCUCGUCUAGAUGGUGGGUUUCAUACAACCGGUGAUUUGGUGGAUCUUAUACGCGGCACAACCUCUAGAAUGAAAGGAGGUAGGCAGGGCUGGAUAAAGACUGCUGCACGGGUUUUCCAAGCGCUUAGAAUAGCAGUUAACGAUGAACUCAAAACUUUGGAAAAUUCUCUUUACUCUUGCUUUGAUUGCCUUGGUCCUGGUGGAAGACUCGCAGUCAUAUCUUUCCACAGUUUGGAAGACAGGAUCGUAAAACAGACUUUUCUCAACAUCAUCAAUAACAUUCACAGAAAAGGAGACACGGUUAUAAAAGAGGCAGAAUUUGGAGCUGAGCCAAGAGAGUUUAACUAUUACCCCGCCGAAAAGGAAGUUUGGAUUAAGCAAGUAGUAAAAGGCUCUGCUGGGGUAAUUCUAACUAAGAGACCUAUAACAGCAUCUACCGAGGAAGAGAAAUUAAACUCGAGGUGUAGGAGUGCGAAGCUCAGAGUGAUUCAGAAAAUGUAAGAUAUUACUCAAAUUUUGUCAAUGGAGGGAUAUUUUUACUAGAAUUAUUUGAUUAGGGUUUAGGCCUUCACAGGGAAAACUUUUCAUUCAAGAUUAUGCAAGACUUUUAUUAAUGUGUACAAGUCCACACUUUUUAUUUGUUGUGGAGUAUUUGCUAUUUUUUGUAACAGCAUUACUGCGAAGACCGACUGAUAUCCCAUGCUCGUAGGGGUGCGUGUCAUCAAGCCGCCGGGCCGGGUGUACUUGUCUUUAAAUUUGUAGUUUGUGAACAAAAGGGCAACAACCACGGCUACUUGUAAAACUGUUGAAGGGUCAAAUCAAUCCACAUGCGAAGGAAUACUCAGCUCAGCCACCAGAAGGCGGCUUUAAUGAGCUCAUUUUUGUUUUUAAGUUCGCGUAAUUGUUUGACUACUUGAGCAUAUAAAUUGAUGGAGGUUAGCUGGGUAGGUGGUGUUGAAUGGCAAAAUAUCCAUGCCGCUUUCAUGCGUGAGUUGAGUCGGAUUGUGACGCUAUGUUGAGAAAGUAGUUGUUUUAUUCCUUCUGCUUAGAGACCGCAUAAAAUACAAAUAGGAAACUGUUGAAUUGUUUAAGGAACGUAGAGAGUAUCAUGGCUAGUUUGCUACUCUGUAUUACCCUACGUCCCACUACGAUAUGAUUUUACAUUUAUCAUGACAUUCUAGUUUCCAUAAAGGUUAAGUUGGUUAGCAUCCAAAUGAUGUUAAACACCUUGUGAUUAAAGAAAUGAAGUGAUGUUAUUAUGAUGUUGAACACCUAAGCAAGUAGAGUUUUUCCAUCAACUUUAGCAUGGAUAAAAUUAGAUAUACCUAUACGGCCCAUGAUGUGGGACCAGAUCUUGCUUCAUAGAUCAAGGAGAAUUUGUUAUGAUCAAGUUCCCAAUUCCUUGAAUAAUGGCUAAUAAUUAAACUACUUUUCAAUCACCUUUUACGACAUAAUUGCUGUCCAAUAUUAAAGUGUCACCCACUUUAUAAUCCAGUACUUCAAAUUAAAACUAAGCUCUAGUGUACCAAGACUACCUGUACUUCUAUACUAGUCUACUUGAGAUUUUGACCAAAGGCCAAAACUUUAGUACUUCGGUUUAAAAGUUAAAACCGUAAAACUACGAGUCUAAGUGACUACAAGUCUACAAGUAGUCGAGUUGGAGUAUAUGGGAAAGAAAACUAGGCGGACCACCUGAAGAGGCCGAAAUAUAUUAUUGGAUAUAUUUCGUAUGAAAUAAGCUAAUCAUAAUAAAUUAACACUUAAACAUACCUAUAAGCUAAUCAUAAUCUUAUUCAUAUAAGCUUGGAAGUUGAAGUUUCUUACUUUUCUUCAUUUCCCUUCACUUUCGCUCUCCAAAAAUGAAGCCAGAAAAUGAAGAACAAGCUGCAACUUCAGGGGAAACUACUGCAGCAGCUGCUGCUGCUACUGCUGUUGUUUCUGUUUCUGCAAGUUCUGCAAGCAGAAAUAAUGGAAGAUCAAGAACUCCUUCAAGCUUCAUCGGUAGACAUCGUUUACAAGCUGCAAUUUCUCAUCUUGAUCAGCAAAUCCGACUUAUCCAGGAUGAAUUAAAUGAGCUUGAAACUAUGGGUGGACCUUCUACAGUUUGCAAUGAGUUGAUUUCAGGAAUUGAAUCAGUUCCAGACCCUCUUCUUCCAUUGACAAAAGGGCCAGUGGAUGUAAACUGGGAGAGGUGGUUUGGAGGAGCAAGUAGCUCAAGAAGUCACAGGCGUUGGAUUUGAUUAUUACGGAAUACGGAGUAUUCAACAACAAACCAAAGCAGUUUCAAUGUCACUAAUUAGUAAUGACUGUUUUAUUUGACUAAUGUUAUAUUGUUAUGUCGUUAACAUGUUUGUUAUCUAACGCCUAGUCGAACGACUAAAUGAUGAUUUUUUUUUUCCCUCUCUA